AAUAAUCACAAGAUUCAACUUAGCCUUUGUCAAGAUCAUAAAUUAAACACAAACCCAUUUCAGGUUUCUUCUUCUUGUGCUAAAAAAUCUAAUCUUUUUUUUUUUAAUUAAUCCCCACAUUAUGAAUGCCAUAUAAUUCAGCUCUACAUAUUCCCCAAAAAUGGCUUCCAAUGAAACAUUACACCACCUUUCAUCGUCCCUUCAGAAGGACUCCUCGUAUCUUAGCACCAGCACCAUCAUUGCUUUGAGUGUGUUCUUCACGCUUCUUUGCGCCUGCAUCAUUAUCGGCCACCUCCUUGAGGAGAACCGCUGGGCUAAUGAGUCCACCACAGCACUUGUUCUGGGUUUGUGCGCCGGAGUAGUUGUGUUGUUGUUGAGUAAAUGGAAUAGUUCCCGUUUAUUAGUGUUUGAUGAGGACUUAUUCUUUCUUUAUUUGCUUCCUCCUAUCAUUUUCAAUGCUGGAUUCCAGGUAAAGAAGAAGCAAUUUUUCAAGAACUUUACAAUUAUAUUGUUGUUUGGAAUUUUUGGUACACUAAUUUCAUUCUGCCUCAUAUCAGUGGGAGUUGUUUUCCUAUUUAAUAAGCUCGGCGUGACAGAUCUUGAUAUGCAAGAUUACCUUGCUGUUGGUGCCAUACUGUCAGCAACCGAUUCAGUUUGUACAUUACAGGUUCUCAGUCAAGAUGAAACCCCAUUCCUAUAUAGUGUUGUAUUUGGAGAAGGAGUGGUGAAUGAUGCAACCUCUAUUGUGAUUUUCAAUGCAGUCCAAUCACUUGACUUCAGUAACGUUGAUGGUACAAUUGCCUUAAAGUUGUUGGGAACUUUUCUCUACCUUUUCUUCACCAGCACUGCACUCGGUAUAGCGGUGGGCCUUUUAAGUGCCUUUAUCAUAAAAACGCUUUACUUUGGAAGGCAUUCCACAGAUCGUGAAGUUGCGCUGAUGAUGCUUAUGGCUUAUUUAUCCUACAUGUUAGCUGAGCUUCUGAGCCUCAGUGGGAUUUUGACAGUUUUCUUCUGUGGCAUUGUAAUGUCACACUACACAUGGCACAAUGUCACUGAAAGUUCACGGAUAACAACCAAGCAUGCAUUUGCAACAAUAUCAUUCAUAGCGGAAACUUUCAUAUUCUUAUAUGUUGGUAUGGAUGCCUUAGACAUUACCAAAUGGAAAGCCAGCAAUGCAAGUGCAGGAACAUCAAUUGCUGUUAGUGCAACAUUGUUUGGAUUAGUUCUAAUUGGACGGGCAGCAUUUGUGUUCCCUCUGGCAAAUAUCCUGAACUGUGUUAGGAAAGGAUCAAGUGCAAAGACAGAGUUUCGAGAACAGUUUAUAAUAUGGUGGGCAGGACUAAUAAGAGGUGCAGUUACAAUUGCUUUGUCCUACAGCGAGUUUUCGAGCUCCAACACAAAGUCAUCAGCUCUAAUGAUCACUUGUACCAUAAUUGUUGUUCUAUUUAGCACAAUGGUAUUUGGUUCCAUAACAAAGCCUUUGAUUGAAGCAGUGCUGCUGAGAAAUGCUAAGCCUGCAAUUUCAGAUGCAACUGACAUUCCUAGCCUAGAAGAGCUAACAAUACCUUUCCUUGACAAUGGCGAUGAUCCUGGAAACAACCAUCUGGCGCCAAAGGCAAGCAGCCUGAGGUUGCUAAUAACCAACCCUACCAGAACUGUGCACUACUGGUGGAGAAAAUUUGAUGACAAAUUCAUGAGACCAGUGUUUGGUGGAAGAGGGUUUGUUCCAUUCAUACCAAGCUCUCCAACCGGUGCAGCUGAUGGAACUUCUGAAGCCAGAAGAUCUAACAUUUAGUUGAUACAAACCAAAAAAAAAGGAAAAUCUUACAAAUUUCUUGGUGUUGGUAUAAUUAUUUGUAUUGAGUUCUUCUAUUUUUGCUUAUAAAUUUUGGUUAAGUAGAGGUGUUGUAAUUACUUAGAACAAUGUUGAAGCUUGUCUGUUUUUA